AUGAACGUAACUGUCAAAAAGUGCCAAGAAAAGUUUGCUGAUGUAAAUACCAUAAAGUAAAUAAAUAAUACACAUACAUAUUUUUAUGUAUGCAGUAAUAAUGAAUUCAGAUGAAACUUCCUUAUACAAACAGCAACUUCUGAAAGUAAAUGAAGCUCUACUUACGUGCCCAGAGGGACCAGAAAAGGAAGAAUUAAUCAUUCUUAAGGAGAGUAUCCAGGAACUUUUGUUGCUUACCGAUGAACCAAAUGCCUCAAAUAAUCCAUCGAAUAAUAAUGACCCUUUAUCAGACGAGUUUGCCCUUUUCAUGGCUGAAAUGGAAAAAGAAGGAGCAGUAGUUAAACGGGACGAAGAACCUGCAUUGAAAAAGCUAGAACUGAACGACAUCGAAGGCAAAAAAUGUAGGGCUCCUCAUAAACAUCAGUGGGGCAACAUUGCGUACCACAAUGCAAUGAUUUGUUCAGUAGAACCGGAAAGUGUUGAUGAUGAAAUGAUGGUCCGAGUUCUGUUUAUAAAUCCCACUCACCAAGAAAUGUUACCUUGUCCUUAUUACUACGAAUCUGACUGCAAAUUUACAGAAGACAAAUGUCGGUUUUCUCACGGAGAGCUAGUUACUUAUUCUAGUUUACAAGAAUAUAUUGAACCCAAAUUCGAUCUCCUAUCUCGAGGCAGUUAUAUACUCGCUAAACAGAAAAAUAAUUUGUGGUACAGAGCUAUCGUCAAGAAAAUUUAUGAGGAGAGGUGUUUAGUUAAGUUUGAAUCUAAUAGAAAGGAAGAGGAAGUUAUUUUAGAGCAUAUAUUCCCUUUAAAUGGUGAUAACGAAUCUAAUGAAGAUGUGAGUAGCGACGAUGACAAUUCCAAUAAAUAUGAAGCAAACGAAGAUGAAGACAUUAUUAAUAUGAGUCUUAUGAUCACUCCGUCUGCUCAGGUUUUGGGAGAUUGGGAAAGGUAUACAAAAGGUAUGGGAUCAAAACUGAUGCAAAAAAUGGGUUAUAUUGUGGGGACAGGACUGGGAAAAAAAUCUGAGGGUAGGAUUGAACCCGUCACAGCCAUGAUUCUGCCUCAAGGAAAAUCGUUAGAUCAUUGUAUGAAACUUCGCGAACAGGCGGGCAAUGACAAAGAUUUAUUCAGCGUGGAAAGAAAACUAAAGCGGUUGCAAAGAAAGCAAGAAAUGCAGUGUAAAAAAGCGUACGAAAGGCAGUCGAAAGAAGUAGACGUUUUCAAUUUCAUAAAUAAAACCCUAGGAGACGGAAAUAGUCAAGACACGACAGAGAAAAUCGAAGAGAGGCAAAAGAUUAAAAAGGAAUGUUCGAGGAGCCUUAAUAUAAAAAGUUUACAGAUCGCGGACAACAUUAGGAAAGUGGAACGGGAUUUAGAGAGGCUCAAGGAUUCGUUAGCGAGGCAUACAGACGUUACCUCAAACAUACACUUGAAACUGAAGGAUAAGCUGGUGUACAGACAGGACCAAUUGAAAAUGUAUCAAACCCAGGCUUUAAUGAUCAGGAACGAGCAGAGUUUGCGGAGUAACAAGAAAAAGAUGACUGUGUUUUAGAUUGCAAAGUGUUUAUACUCAUAAUAUUGAGCAUUUGUAUGUACAUAUUAAAUUUCGUGAUUACGGUCUUAUGUAACUAAUAUUUAAAUAAAAAGAAACUGAAAAUU